CGCUGCUGGGUCCUGCGCUCGGACCGCAGGUGGGGCGCAGCCGGACAGGUCCGGCCUCCCCGGCUUUGCGGGCUCCGUGGGGAGAGCGCGUGUCCUGGUAGGAGGUGGCCUGACCUCUUCCGUCUAGAAUUCAGGCAGAGCCUGGAGCCGCCGCGGGCCCGAUGGAGCCGCCGCAGUGAAGCAAGGCGCACGAACUUUUUGGUUUCCCAGCCCCUAUAAGAGCCGUGUUUACACUCCACUGUAGUCUGUGAAGUGUGCAAUAGCGUCAUGUCUAAGAAGCGUACAUGUCAAUGGAAACACUUUAUUGCUAAAAAGUGCUGACCGUCCUCUGAGCCUCCCACUGGGCUUAGUGUUUCUGCCUCCAAGGUGAGGGCGGAGGUGGCGCCGGCCGGGACAGUUGUUAACGCAGUGAAGUCUGCCGCACGGAUUGACUCUUCGCUUCUAAUGAUUUCUCUGUCGCAUGGGAUGCGGGUGUUUUGUUUUAUUGGUUUGGGGUUUGUUUUUUUUUUUUUAGCAUUUCACCCACCAUAGAACUUUGCAAAUUGAAGGCCGUGCUCCCACACCCUGCCACUGCUUUGCCAACUCAGUCUAUGGAACAUUCCGAAUCCUCUGUUGUCAUUUCUACAGUCCUCACAGCGUCCUCACCAGAAGGAGAUUUCUUCAAAUCUGAGAUGCUGGUUCAUCUCGAGAAACCACUUUCCCUGCUGGUCCCUAAGAAGCACUCCUCCUCCGUUAAAGACCUGCCGUGAGAUUGCCGCACCCCAGUCCCAUGAUCAGGCUCCACUGCAAUUCCCGUUCUCUUGCGGUUUCCACCACACGUGCAGUCACUUCCUCCACCGAGGUCUUGAGCCCCUCAGCCCUGCAUGGGGGUUACAUUAACUUCUUCCAAACGCCCGUUGGUGUUGGCAUUUUGACCUCUUCCCGUGAUUGUUCUCAAUGGCAUCUAGAUGGUGAACCUUUCCAGAAGGUUUUUCAUUUACUUUGCCCGGAUCCAUCAGAGCAAUCACUCUCUAUGGCAGCUAUAGCCUUGCGAAAGGACUGACUGCUGCAGUGCUCAGAGUCGGAGGAAAUGGCAGAUCUGGACAGUGAUUCCAGGCAGCUUCUCGCCCCCGAGGCGGACCGUGAAGUACAUCCUGGGCCCAUGAAUAUCCAGUUUGACUCAUCAGAUCUAAGACCCAACAGGCCUUUCCACGUGGAGCCCACCAACAUCGUCAGCGUGAGUGACGUCCUGCAGCGGGUCAGCGACCGCGCCUCGGCCAUGAACAAGAGGAUUCACUACUACAGCCGGCUCGCGGCUCCCGCGGACCAGGCGCUGGUUGCCCCGGACCACGUGGUCCCGGCCCCGGAGGAGCGCUACGUGUACAGCCCGCUGGGCUCCGCGUACAAACUCCAGAGCUGCCCCGAGGGGUCCGGGAAGAACACCAGCCUCGUGACCAUUUUCAUGAUCUGGAACACCAUGAUGGGGACCUCGAUACUCAGUAUUCCUUGGGGCAUAAAGCAGGCGGGAUUCACGACCGGGGUGUGCGUCAUCCUGCUGAUGGGCCUGCUGACCCUGUACUGCUGCUACCGGGUGCUGCGGUCACGAGCCACGAUACCGUCGGUGGACACCUCGGCCUGGGAGUUCCCCGAUGUCUGCAGGCACUACUUCGGCGCCUUCGGGCAGUGGUCCAGCCUGCUGUUCUCACUGGUGUCGCUCAUCGGAGCCAUGGUCGUGUACUGGGUGCUCAUGUCUAACUUCCUGUUUAACACCGGAAAGUUCAUGUUUAAUUUUAUUCAUCACAUUAAUGACACAGAUGCUGCACUGAGUACCAAUGAUAGCAACCCUGUGACCUGCCCGAGCGCCGGCAGCGGCCGUCCCGACAAUGGCUCUGCCGUCUUCUCCGCCAACGCCACGGGCCUGCAGCAGUUUGAGAGGUGGUGGGACAAGUCCCGGACGGUGCCCUUCUACCUCGUAGGGCUGCUCCUGCCGCUGCUCAACUUCAAGUCGCCGUCCUUCUUCUCCAAGUUCAAUGUCCUGGGCACCGUGUCCAUCGUCUACCUGACGUUCCUCGUCACCUUGAAGGCUGCGCGCUUGGGGUUUCACCUGGAAUUUCACUGGUUUACGCCAACAGAGUUUUUUGUGCCAGAGAUAAGAUCUCGGUUCCCACAGCUGACUGGCGUGCUGACCCUCGCUUUCUUUAUCCACAACUGUGUUAUCACACUCCUAAAGAACAACAAGAACCAGGAAAACAAUGUGAGGGACUUGGCCGUGGCCUACCUGCUGGUGACGCUCACCUACCUGUACAUCGGGGUUCUGGUCUUCGCUUCCUUCCCGUCACCACCGCUGCCCAAGGACUGCAUCGAGCAGCAUCUUCCACGUGCUGGUCCUGAAUCUGAUUAUUGUGGGAGCUGGCGUGAGCAUGGCCUGUCUGUACCCCAACAUCGGAGGGAUCAUAAGGUACUCAGGAGCCGCCUGCGGCCUGGCCUUCGUGUUCGUCUACCCGUCCCUCACCUACAUCCUCUCCCUCCGCCAAGAGGACCGCCUGACGUGGCCCUCGCUGCUCUUCCACGCCCUCCUCAUCGUCCUGGGCCUGGCCAACCUGGUGGCCCAGUUCUUCAUGUGACACUCCUGCUGCGCCCGGUCUCCACCCGUGCGCCAGCCACCGCCGCGCCGGUCACCGCCGGGCCGGUCAACACCACGGAUAACCCGAGAACAAGGGCAACAGCCACCCACUCGCCCCUGAGCCGCGUGGCUCCGUGCGGGGAAGGGACGGUGGGAACGCUCUGUCUCCACCUGCCUCCUGUCACUCGCCUCCUCACUCUCACCGAGUCCUGAGUGGGAGGCGUGCCCUUGGGAACGUCACGCUGUGUUGCUUUUAGAUGUGAGGUGGGCGUGCAUUUGGGCGACAAUGAAACUCUCAGGGUGUCCCCUGCCGGGACUUUGCUGUUCCAGGGCUCACUGCACUCCCUGCCAUUUUGUCACUUGAUAGACGAUGGUUGCAGUUUGCCUAAACCUUUACUGUUUGGGACAGUAAACCAAAUACCUCAUUUUCUAAAAGGAAGUCUCCAUGACAUCAGUGUUAAUAGACUGAAUUUUUAACCAUGAAAGAAGAAAGAAAAAGAAAAUGUCACGAGGCCCCAUGGUCAUGAACUUUAUACAAAAUAAAUGAACUAAUGGAGUU